AUGGCGAAGAAGGCACGCGCGAUCACCACUCCUGCAUCCUCUGCAGCUCCCAGCAAAAUACCUGCAGUCAGGUUCCCGGAGUUGUCCCCGAAAGAAGGGCUGGAGUGCCGAGCGAUACUCGAGGACCAGAUCCUGCUCAUCGACGACUUCUUCUCUCCAGAAGAAUGCAAAGCCUACGUGAAGUUCAUAGAUAGCCUCCCGCUAGAGCUCACCCCGCCGAAGAAGAGGGGGGAGGCCGAACGGGUCAACCACCGGAUGUCGAUUCCUUCAGUCGACUUCGCGCAGCGCAUCCACGCCGUCCUCGCCCCCCACCUCCCGGAGUUCCCCUACCCCGCAUGGGCAAAGCGUCCUGCCGGAGCAGCGCCGAACGCACGGCGCCCCGCACACUCGUUGAACUCGAAUAUACGCGUGUACAAGUACACGCAAGGACAAUACUUCGGCCCACACUACGACGAUGCGGUGCGCGAUUCGGAGACCGGAGCGAAGUCGGAGUGGACGCUGCUCAUAUAUUUGACUGGCAGCCAGGACGGUAUUGAAGGGGGCGAGACUUUGUUCUACCAAGAGCACAAGGGAAAACCGACAGAGACAAUCGUCCCUCCGCUCACUCGUGGAACUGCGCUCCUGCACCGCCAUGGUCAGGAUUGUAUGUUGCAUGAAGGCUCUCCGGUCACGAAGGGCACCAAGUAUGUUUUGCGGUCAGACCUGAUGUUUAUGAAGUAG